AUGGAUGGAACGCCUGAUCCCUCCACUACUGCUCCAUCGCCUGAGCUGAAGGAAGUGGCACUCCCCGUGAAAGAGGAGGAGCAUGUUACGCAAUCAGGAGGUGAUCAUUGUUCUCAUUGUAAAAGUUGCCUGUACGAAGCUUUGCGAGCCAUCUCGCUUGAUCAGCUGGUGAAUCGUGAAAUAGGAAGUUUUGGGAGACGAUGUGCGCUCACCCCAGAAGCGAGAGUCAUUGUCGCCAACGUGAGGCAGUUCUUCGCGAAGCUGAAAGAUCAUCUCGGACCUGACGCCCGCGGAACCGUUUUCAGUUCAGUCAUUGCUGUGACUGCUACGGCUUGUGCUGUGCGAGAUUCAACGGUCGAAAGGGUCUUAAAACGGGCAAGACAACAAAAUUCAAAACGAAAAUCCGGCGGCUCUGUGAAGAAGAGGAAACUGGAUACUGGACAGAAAUACGUGGUUGCUGACAGUGAGGAUGCCAAAAUUUCGUCGUUUUUGCAGGAUCCCGACAUGCCGCCUUGA